GGUAACAGAGAGAAAAAAGAUGAGAAAUGUACCAAACUACCUCCAUCCUUACAUCAUCUUCAUCUUCGUCUUCAUUUUCUUUCCAUCUUUCGGUGUCUAUGCCAAAACACUAUCUGCUACAGAGUCUCUCACAAUCUCAAACAACAAAACCAUUGUAUCUCGUAACGAAACCUUCGAGCUCGGUUUCUUCACUCCCGGAACAAGUUCACGUUGGUAUCUCGGGAUAUGGUACAGCAAAAUCCCUACCAGGACCUACGUAUGGGUUGCCAACAGAGACAACCCACUGUCUCAUCCCAACGGAUCUCUCAAAAUAUCAUCAGACAACAACCUCGUCAUUUUCGAUCACUCCUCCGACACACCUGUUUGGUCAACGAAUCUAACCGUUGGCACUAUGAGAUCUCCACUGGUGGCAGAGCUUCUCGAUAACGGUAACUUCGUGCUCAGAGACUCCAACAACAAUAACAACGAGUACUUGUGGCAGAGUUUCGAUUUUCCAACAGAUACUUUGCUUCCGGAUAUGAAACUGGGCUGGGAUAAAAAAACCGGUUUAGACCGAGUCUUGAGAUCCUGGAGAAAUCCGGAGGAUCCAUCGAGCGGCGAUUUCUCGGUUAAACUCGAAACCAGAGGGUUCCCUGAGUAUUACGUAUUCAACAAAGAGUCAAUUAUCUACCGGAGCGGUCCAUGGAUCGGAAACCGGUUUAGCUGCGUACCGGAGAUGAAACCAAUUGAUUACAUGGUUUACAUUUUCGUAGCGAGUAACGAAGAAGUGACUUACUCAUACCAAAUGACCAAACCCGACGUAUACUCCAUACUAAGCGUAACCUCGACGGGAAACAUACAACGACGGAACUGGAUCGAGACAGCGCAGACUUGGAAACCAUUGUGGUACCAACCAAAGGACAUAUGCGACAAGUACAAACAGUGUGGGAGUUACGGUUAUGGCGAUUCCAACACCAUACCGAACUGUAACUGCAUCAAAGGGUUUGAGCGACGAAACGAGCAAGAGUGGGCUUUGAGAGAUGAUUCAGCUGGUUGCGUGAGGAAGACGAGGUUGAGUUGUGAUGGUAGAGACGGGUUUGUGGUUCUGAAGAAGAUGAAACUGCCGGAUACUACGGCUACGGUUUUGGACAGAGGAAUUGGGUUGAAGGAGUGUGAAGCCAAGUGCCUACAAGAUUGUAACUGUACGGCGUAUGCUAACACGGAUAUUCGUGACGGCGGGUCGGGUUGUGUGAUUUGGAAGGGAGGGCUUUUGGAUAUCAGGAGUUAUGCAAAUGGUGGUCAGGAUCUCUACGUUAAACUAGCGGCUGCUGAUCUCGGUUAG